AUGGAUGUCGGUCUGCCGAAAAGGUUUCACGAUAGAUUGCAAGCUACACCAGAUACCAAUACAGCCAGCCAGCCAGUCGGUCGGUCGAGGCUGCAGGCGGAGAUCGGCACUCGACUGGAUGAUGGAGAGGGACAGCGAAGAGAAACCAACGCCAGGGCCACAGCCGUGUUAGAGAUGCUCGUUCGGGAAGGGCCUGAGAAGGUGUGGGGUCGCCCUAAAAGCCGUUUGCUGCGAAUGCACUAUGGCCUUGGCAAAAACAGGGCCCCCCAGCAAGCGACAGCUCCCUCUUCGGGGGUAUUGGGGCCUGCCAGGGUUCGUGUUGCGGGCGUGGGAAACUCCAUGGGCGACAUGGUUCAUGGGCAAACAAAUCGCAUGAAAGCAGCGCGACAAAUAAUCUCUAACGGAAGAGUUUCCUGGGUCCCGUACAUGCGUAGUAGAGUUGUUUAG